GAACUAUUUAGUUGCUCCGAUGACAUUGCUUUCCUUGUAAUAACGUCGUUGAGACAGUCCAGGUGAUGAAUCAAGGAACAGUACCGAAAACAACCAAGAUCAACAUGGAAGUACCCCAGCCACCAGUACACGGCAGACCCGACAACCUUACCGCAAGGCUCGUCGCGAUCAUCAUCCACGAAAUGACAGCAUGCAUCUCGCGUUGGCGCGAUUAUGCCGCCUCCAAAGAUGCGCAGCUUCAGCAACUUCACAAAAACUCCCAACAUCUCGAAGCACGCAUCGAAACGCAGCGUCACACCAUCAACGCGCAAGCCGAGCGCAUUAGUCGUCUGGAGUUCGAAAUGUCUCCUAUGGAACUCUCAUGCAAUACUGUGUCGCCAGCGGCGUUUUCAAUGUCGCUGCAGGAGUCUAGACGCAAGAUGUCGGGUUCUAUCAUAGACCUGCAGUCAAGCUUCACAGGCGGCACGUUCGAGAAUGCUUUGCAGGAGACAUACGGUCAAGCACACGGCGGCGAUGGUGCGAGCCUAGAGGGCGACGCUUUAGCUCCAUUGAUGGCGUUGGCAAUGACCGCGGUAGGGGACGCAGCUGAACCGCGGUUUGGAGCAGAGGAGGUGACGCAGAGCGAGAGCCUAAACCCGAAGAAGAGGCACCUGGAAGAGUACGAUGCUUUUCGAAGCGAGUCCGGCAAAGUUGAUGAAGGCAAAUGGAUUGGAAAGUCUGCCUGCAAUAGAUUGUUGCUGUAACUUGUUGCACCUUGGAUGUAGCGAUCUGCGUGAAGCUAUUAUUCCAUC